UUAAAAUUUAUGGUGGAAGUUGUUAGUUUACUCAAAAUUUGACAUCGCAUCGCGAAAGUCGAAACUGUUGGGUAGCAUUUUUGCUUUGCUUUCUUCUUCAGACUCAUUUUCAUUCCAUACUUCAUAUUGGCGAUUAUCUACGGUAAUUUCUCCUUCCACUUCCCUCUCAUUCAAAACCCGCUUCAUUCUUUAAUCCCAAUACUCAACGCCCCUCGUUUCAUUCUUUAAUUUUUAUAAUUUCUCUCUGACCCAAACAAUGAUUAAAAUUUCGGACCAUAGAAAAAAUUUACUACUCAAAUGCGUCUCAUUCGCAAAAACGUUAAGCACAAGCGAACCAAUUCACGACAUUGCGGAUGUAACUGAAACAUUGUAUAAGGUUAUGAUGUCUAAUCCGGCAGUUACACUCGAUACUGCUCUUAACCAAACAGGGGUUAGGGUUUCUCCUGAAUUAGUGGAAAUUGUUCUCAAGAGGUUUGAGAAUGCCGGUAUGUCGGCUUUUCGGUUCUUUGAAUGGGCAGAGAAGCAGAGAAACUAUUCACACAGUGUGAAAGCAUAUCAUUUGAUGAUUGAAUCUUUGGCGAAGAUUAGACAAUAUCAGAUUAUGUGGGAUCUUGUUAAUUCAAUGAGGAAAAAGGGUAUGGUAAAUGUUGAAACUUUUUGUAUUAUCAUGAGAAAAUAUGCUAGGGCUCAUAAGGUAGAUGAAGCUGUUUAUACUUUUAAUGUAAUGGAUAAAUAUGAUACGCCGCAGAAUCUUGCUGCUUUUAAUGGUUUGUUGAGUGCUUUGUGUAAGUCGAGGAAUGUGAGGAAGGCUCAAGAGAUUUUUGAUAGUAUGAAGGGUCGGUUUGAGCCGGAUUCAAAGACUUAUAGUAUAUUGCUUGCUGGGUGGGGUAAGGAGCCGAAUCUUCCCAAAGCAAGAGAGGUUUUUGGGGAGAUGGUUUGUGCAGGGUGCAACCCUGAUAUUGUUACUUAUGGUAUAAUGGUUGACAUUCUUUGUAAGGCCGGAAGGGUUGAUGAAGCCGUUGAGGUUCUUAAGGAUAUGGAUGCUAACAAUUGCAGGCCCACGACUUUUAUUUAUAGUGUACUCGUUCAUACUUAUGGGGUGGAGAACCGGAUCGAGGAUGCUAUUGAUACAUUCAUGGAGAUGGAAAGGAAUGGAGUUGAGGCAGAUGUUGUGGUGUAUAAUGCUUUGAUUAGUGCUUUUUGUAAGGCGAAUAAAAUAAAAAACGUGCAUCGGGUGUUAAAAGAGAUGGAAAAGAAAGGCAUUGCUCCCAAUUCAAGGACCUGCAAUGUUAUCAUGACCAGUUUGAUUACCCAGGGAGAGACUGAUAAAGCUUUUAUAGUCUUCCGCCGGAUGAUCAAGCUGUGUGAACCAGAUGCUGACACUUAUACAAUGCUGAUAAAGAUGUUUUGUGAAAGAAAUGAAACGGAGAUGGCUCUGAAAAUAUGGAGGUAUAUGAAGUCAAAACAGUUUGUCCCAAGCUUGCACACCUUUUCAGCUCUAAUCAAUGGGCUGUGUGCAAAGGGCAAUGUCGUGAAAGCUUGUAUUUUGCUGGAAGAGAUGAUAGAGAAGGGAAUUCGACCAUCACGUAUUACAUUUGGGAAGUUAAGGCAAUUGCUUAUAAAGGAAGGGAGAGAGGAUGUGCUCAAGUUUCUGCAUGAGAAAAUAAAUAUUCUUGUUAAGGAACCUUUUUAUGAUUAAAAAGCCAUAGAAGGCAACUAACAAUUAGAAAUAUCUAAAGAAUGAUAUAUUGUAGCUUAGACUACUGAUUUUGCAGUCAAGAAAGUUGCAGUUUUAAUUGUUUUCUUGAAAUCCUCUGGAGUGCCAUAUGCUGCUACUCACAUCAUUUGUACCUUUCAAAUGCAUUGAUGAUCAACAAUUCAACAUAUCACGUUUCUAGUUAUUGCUGAUGACUAAGAUAUAACAAACCAGUGCCCUUUUAGAUUUUAGAAUAUACCAUGAUAAUGUUUAGAACGUAAAGCUACCAUGAAUGUUAUAAAAGCUCAUAGUGGUAAAACUACGUGAUAUUGAAGCAACAAAUUAGUACCAUUUUGAAUUUUAGAUAAGUAAGCUUGCUCCGUUCCCCCACGUCUUUGAACUUUUAUUUUUAAUUUGAAUGACUCAAAUUCAAGAUUUGAUGUAAUUACUUUCUGUUGGAAGUGAGUGUAAGAAAAAUUUCUCAUCUUUGGUGCAGUUGGAAAAGCCUGGUUAUCUUGAAGUGCAGAAAAAUAUACAAGCACUAGAUAUGUCUCACUAAGAACUGCAUAUUUGGAAGGAUAUUGGUUUUUAAAAGCUCUUGGAAUUGUGAAGUAAAAGUAAUACCCACUUAUUUAUUCCUAAAAGAAGCCACACCCUAUCCCAUCAUUAUGUUACGAUCUUCAGAAGAAUUGAGGUAUCUCUAGUCCAAGGGAAGUGAGAAAAUGCGAGCAACCUAGCAUUCUUUGUAACCUUGGAGGGGGUACUUUGAGUUUGCAGGGUGAUACACUAAUUGAAGUGGCUUUUUCAAUUUUCCGCAAAAAACUUGUAAUCUUGUAUGACAUUGACUAUCAUAUCUGUUGUUCCUCCGCGUUCUUCACAUGUCUGUGUAGUCUGGAUGGCCACGACAAACCUCUGGUUGAUCCAUAUCUUGUGACUGUACUUGCUUGGGUGCUGCUGUUCAUAUUAAUGCUGGGUUUCUCUGUGCAGGUGCUAAACAACAUAAAUGUAACAGAUGCAGAUUACAGAUACAAAAGUCACAAUUUCUUUCUACAAUAACACUGCAAUCCUUAGGAUUGCAAUAAUGUGGAUAUUAUAAAGUUGAAAUUGACGAAGGCUAGGUUGAGCAAAGUGUUUCUUCUAUAAAUUUUGGGGGCAAUUUGUGCUUAUUAGUUAUUUUUAACUGGGAUCAGUUAUUCUUGCAGACAUGAAUCCAUGUAGGAGAUACAAUUCCAAUAAUUUGAUAUUUGAUUUUGGAGUUUAAUGACUGCACCUACAAUAAUUUUUUUUUUACACUUGUACUCUCCUCUCGUCCCCCUCUACUCCCAUCCCAUUUGAAGUAGACAUUGCCAAAGGCAUCUACAUAGGCUAUGUACCCAGCAAACUUGUGCGAUAGAGGCUGUUAGGGGCAGCUACACAAUAUGUGCAACUUUUUAUAGGCAUAAUAAAGAAAAAGACCAAGUUGUUUUAUCCUACUCAAA